AUGAAUGAAAGCAGUGAAAAGCUCAACAGUUCUCUCAUUCUUCCUUUCAGUAAGGACUAUGAAUUCUGUUCAAAUGGUGUUUAUUUCUAUUGUGGAAAGAUGGGUUCAGGUAAGACAUUUAAUUUAAUUCGUCAUAUACUCAUAACAGAGCGUUUAGGAAACGACUCUUAUUAUGACCAAAUCAUUAUAUCAGCAACUUCAGACUCUAUGGACUCAACAGCGAAAACAUUCAUGUCAAAAGUUCAAGCCUCUGUCGUUAAAGUUCCAGACAGUGAACUCAUUGAAUUUCUUCAACGUUACAUUCGACGUAAGAGGAAAUAUUAUGCCAUCGUUGAAUUUAUACAGUCAGGAAUGCAAAAGACUUCUGAGGAGAUGGAAAGAAUUAUUGACAAACACCACUUACGUCAGUACUCAGGAGUUUACGAUAUGAAACGACUGACAAACUACAUUCUAUCAAAACU